CAGGUGACACGAGAGUCGAACGACGGUCUGAUUAACUCUUUGUUACCAUUUGGUGGUUAACUGUAAAAAAUUUUCUGCCGGCGUCGAAACGUCAGUAUAAAGCUUAUUUCAACCCACUAAUUCCAAGGGAGAAAUUUCUUCAGUUAGAAUAAUCAUACGUGAAAAUUGUUCAAGUCAUUGAUUUUGAGGUUAGGUCGGUUAAUCUUUCAUUCCUCUACAACUCUGAUCACGCUUUGCGUAUUCCUGCAAAAGCAAUGCCGGCACCGAAUACAAUAAGCGUUGCAGUCAUAUGUUCAAGUAAUAUGAACAGAAGCAUGGAAGCUCAUGCAUUUUUGAGCAAAAAGGGUUUUAAUGUCAAGUCUUUUGGGACUGGGGACAAGGUGAAAUUGCCAGGAAAUGCUCCGGACCGUCCAAACAUUUAUGAUUUUGGCACAUCGUACGAAGAAAUUUAUAACGACCUCCUGACCAAGGACAAGCAAUAUUACACGCAAAACGGGCUACUUCACAUGCUGGAUAGAAAUCGUCGGAUAAAACCAAGACCUGAGCGGUUUCAACUUUCCAAGGACAAAUUUGAUAUUCUAGUUACAUGCGAAGAGCGUGUUUAUGAUCAAGUCAUCGAAUGCAUGGAAGCGAGAACCCAGGAAGAUAAUCAGCCUGUACAUCUUAUCAAUAUUGAUAUUCAGGAUAACCAUGAGGAGGCCACGGUCGGCUCGUUUCUCAUUUGCGAACUAGUCACAGUGUUGUCCAACAGCGAUGAUCUGGACAACGACAUAGAUGAACUGCUUCAUGAUUUCGAAGCAAAAUGUGCACGGCCCAUAUUACACACUGUACUGUUCUACUGAUUUUUCAAAAUAUAACAAUUUUGAUAGCUCUUCUUAUUGUUAGAGAUCUUGGGACUAGAUUAUAAAUUAAUAUAAGUUAGGAAUAUUUAAUUUUAGGACUAGUGACUUUGCUACGGGGUUUACUUAUUGCUUUAAUAGGGAGAUCGGUCAAUCGAUGGAAUUAUCACCAUUUACAAUUCAAAACAACGUAACACCUGUAUUUAUACGUUGAGUACAGAGUUAUUAGUAAUAUAUUAUUAAAACAUUGAAUAAUUUAUGAAGUUCCUAUUGACAUCUGUAUAUUUAAAUUGGCUGUUGAUUUAUAUCAAUAGGUAUCAAGUGAUGGGAAGUAAAAAUUAGGCUUAUAACAACAUGUAUGAUACAAUGCCCUGCAAAGAGCGUUUAAUUGUUUUUCCAAGUGUUAUGGAACGUGUCAAAAUAAAUAUAUUUGUCAAUACAAAA